CUUUCACUCAUAAAACAUCUCAUUAUAAAAUUGAUUGAUUUACGCAAUUAUCUUAACUUAAAUUCAAGUGAAGAAGUGGUCGAAAAAUAUAUUGGAGAUUGUGUAAGACUGUGCAACGCAUAUAUGCGAGUGAAAUAAAAGCGUGUAUAGUAAGAUUAGUCGACUGAAAAAAAUCAGGAUUAAAUUUGAGAAAGAAAAAAAGAGAUAUAAAAAAUAUUAUAUUCUAUUUUAUUAGCUGUUUAAUUAAAAAUAAGUAGAAUGGAAUCGAAGAAUUGUAUCCAUUUAAAAGAUGGCAUAGGAAUUGAUCGGAAUUUUCUAAAAAUGCAAAAAUUAAUGAAAAGAGUCGAGAACAAAUUUGAAUGUUUGGACUGUAAAGAUAAUAAAGACAACUGGAUGUGUCUUAAAUGUGGAAGUAUUUAUUGUUCGAGAUAUAUUAAUGAACAUGCUAAAUUGCAUUCUGAGAAUACGGGGCACUUAGUUGCAAUAAGUAUAAAUACAACUUCCGCUUACUGUUAUGAUUGUAAUGAUUUUGUCGAAGAUGAAGAUGACCUUAAUGAAAUAAGGACUGAAAUUCAUUCUUACACAAAUGAUAAUGGUACAAGCGAUUCUGAGACAUCCUUAAAUCUUGAAGAAGCUUCUACUAAAUCGCUGUCUAAUCAACAACAGGAUACAACCAGCAGUACAAGUUCUUAUGAUAGUGGGCUCGAUUCCUUAUCGUCAUCCGGUAUCAAUUUGAGACCAAGAAAGCGCACGAAAUCAGAUGAUGAGCUUGAUACGCAGAAAAAUGUUAGGAAGAAAGCUUCAAUCAGUAAAAAGAAGGGAGUUGGUCUUAAAAAUUUGGGGAAUACUUGCUUUAUGAACAGCGUGCUUCAGUCGCUUCAUAAUAUCCAACAGUUUACUGAUUACUUUAGUAGCCUGCCGAAAAUCGAACAACCCAAGUCCAGAUUGUAUACGAGAAGCAUUAAAGAGAAUCUGGAUGAAAUAUUUUUGGUUGAAGAGCUACGAAAGGUUUUGAUUGAUCUUAAUAGCGGAAUAGAUAACAAUAAAGCUUCAAUAUCGCCAGAAGGUCUUUUCUUGGUAAUAUGGAAGGUUGUACCUCAAUUUAAAGGAUAUCAUCAGAACGAUUCCCAUGAAUUUCUUCGAUAUAUGCUUGAUAGAUUGCAUACAGAGCUACAAACGAUUCCAAAUUCAAUACCUUCAUCCCCAUCAAAUAGUAAAAUGAAAAAUUUUGUCUGUCCAUCGCCGUCUAAAAAAGGCUCAUCGUUUGUAACAAAUAUUUUUGGUGGAACAUUGUUGAGUGAAGUUAAGUGCUUGAUGUGUGGACAAGAGAGUAGAAAACACGAUCCGUUUCUUGACCUUUCUUUAGACAUUCCUGAAAAGUACUACAAGGAUUUAGAUGAUUCUGAUAAGCCACCUGUUUGUCAUAUCUCAGACUGUCUUUCAAGCUUUGUUGCUAUUGAAGAGCUUACUGAAACAGAACUUUAUUACUGCAGCAAUUGUAAAAAGAAGCAACGAUCAACAAAACGAUUUUGGAUACGUCGCUUACCGAAUGUCUUGUGUCUUCACAUUAAAAGAUUUCGCUGGAAUAGUUAUUAUAGAACAAAAAUAGAUCUCCGCAUUAAAUUUCCAAUCCAAGCAUUAGAUUUAUCGAAAUUUGUAUUAAAUAGUGGACCUGAAACUCGACGAUCGAAUUCUAACAGUAUUUAUGACUUGGCUGCAGUUAUCGUGCAUCAUGGUUCAGGAACAUCGAAUGGUCAUUAUACAUCAUAUGGAUUAAAUAGCGGCGUCUGGAUGCAUUUCAAUGAUUCUUCGGUUAAAGAAGUUACUGAACAAGUUGUGGCCGAAUGUAAGCCAUACAUUUUGUUUUAUACUAAGCGUGACGGGGAUUCGCAAAAUAAGACUUGUGACUAAAAAACUGGAGAUUAUAAUUUUAGAGACUGAAUUGAUGCUUAAUUUUCUUCCCAUUUCAAUAAAUUUCAUUUGCUUCUAUUUUCCUACUUUCUGAAAAUACAUUUUUCUUAGAAUUUUGUAUCAACCUUCCUUCUUUCCUCAAAUAGCUUAGAUAAAAUAGAUUUAUUUAAAUUAAAUAAUAAAAUAAUCAGUGAAAAGAUCAAAAAAA